GUCAAUUUUGUCACAUACUGCCCAUGUGUGUUGUGUAGUCUCUUUAAAAGUUUAUGUUUUUGAAUGCAUAUAAAGUGAUAUUAAUUUAAAAGUUAAAAUGCAGCACGAUGAUGUUGUGUGGUCUAUAAUAAACAAGACCCAUUGCUCACAUAAAGUAAUGACUAAAACCCAACAAUUUUGCCGGAAUGAAUAUAACCUAACAGGUUUGUGUAGUCGUUCGUCUUGUCCACUCGCAAACAGUAAAUAUGCUACCAUCAGAGAAGAGAAUGGUAUUAUAUAUUUGUACAUGAGAACUGCUGAGAGGAUAAUGUUUCCAUCACAACAAUGGGAGAAAGUAAAGCUUUCAAGAAAUUUUGAAAAAGCUAUUUAUCAGAUAAAUGAAAAUUUGCUUUACUGGCCUGCAUUUAUAAAAGCAAAAUGCAAGCAGAGAUUUGUAAAAAUAACUCAAUAUUUAAUAAGAAUGAGGAAACUUAAAUUGAGGAGAGUAAAAGAGUUGGUUCCGAUUCAGCGUAAAAUAGAAAGACGUGAACGACGAAGGGAAGAGAAAGCACUUGUGGCUGCUAGAAUAGACAAUGCUAUAGAGAAACAAUUGUUAGAUAGAUUAAAGAAAGGAACUUACAAUGAUAUCUACAACUUCCCACAAAUGGCUUUCGACGCAGCUCUUAAAGCUGAGGAAGUUUCCGGUGAAAGUGAGAGUGAGAAAUCUGAUGAUGAAGAAGAAGAAAGGGAGAUGGAACCAGAAUUAGAAAAAGAGUUAGAGACUAACAUUGAAGAAGUAGAUGAAUUUGUUGAAGCUGAUAGCGAUAUGAGUGAUGUGGAAAGUGAUUCUGGUAGAAAAGAAAAUGCAGAUGUUGGAAGUGACUUUGAAUCGGAGACAUCAGAUAUUGAGGAUAUGUCUGUUAACGUACCAGCGAGGAAGAAACCUCGCGUGGAAAUUGAAUAUGAAACGGAGCCAGCAGUCAGUAUUUCCAAAAAGAAAAUAAAACAUUGAUAAAUGUAA